UAUGAACUCGCAAAGCCCAACAUAUAUUUUUAAAGAAUAUUUAAUCGAGAAAAAGAUGUACAAAAAUUAAAUGAACCAUUUAAAAAAAUGUAAACAAUGUUUGAACCCUGGGGACCUUACGUCAAGUGACGAAUUGUCAAAAUACUCUAGAUUCCACCAAGGAUAAUGUAUUUAGAAGGUUGAUUUUUAUCGCUUUUGCUGGGCGACAUUGUGGGGGACAUCUGUCACUCUCUGCAUACAAAUUUCAUUACCCCGCACCAGCCCUCCCCGAUUUUUAUACCGGAGCCCCCGGAAGAGAAAUGUCAAGUCGAGAAAUGUCAUUUUGCUCUGAACAACUUCACCUUGUCAUUUAUAACACCUUGAGAUUCCACCACCUGAUAUUUUUAAAUCCACCUUGCAUCUGAUAUCCUCAAUGCACCUUGUGUUUCUGUUGUUACUCGGUUGACGUUUCCAGGAGCCAUUUGCCGCCAUUUCUAAAGCGUCUAUCUACUCCAGCUCUAAUUUGUGCAAUGGCAGAGACAUUAAAGAUGAAGGACAAGAACCAAAAAUUAGAAUGCUUGUUGCGUUCUACCGGAUCGGAAACAUCGGAGAUAUCUCCUCAGGCAAUUCCCCUGCGUCGCCGUACUCGUUGGAGUCCUCUGGUACCAAACAACGUGACAAUCCCCAACCCAUGUCACCAACCCAUGUCUACCACCCAGCCGGAUGAGAACCCGUCUCCGGGGGCAUGUACGGAGAGAGAAGUUACGGUCAACACCCAACGUUUCCGCUUUAUUCCUAGGGUUGUAGAACGGAAACUAGCUGUAGAUAAGCGUCAGACGGGAACGACGGUUGUGAUUUCGUACCAACCGGUGCCCCAAACUCAACAGGACGGGAACCGGUGUCUGGUGACGCCGAUGCAACAGACAGCAAAACGGCCGAUUGCGGAGCGUUGUCUGAUCGAACCCAAGCGUGUACCGGUACCGAAAAAGAAACGGUGCUUGGUGAUCCCUGAUCGCCUGCCAUAAAAAUAGGUGACCUUAAAUGGAGAUAGUAAAGUUGGACGGAGAUCGAAUGAUAUCUAAUAAUUAACUUCAGUUAAUUUAACAUCGCUUGAUUUUAUUAAGAUUGCCUCUACGGUUGAACAUAUUUGCUUAAAACUUACGUAUUGCUACUAAACUAAAGCUAAACAUUAGCAACGGGACGCUAGUGGCAAAGCCUGCAGUACGAAAAGGUUUCGCAAAGGGUAGUCUAAUCUGGAGCAUCAACACUCUUACGUAACAGGUUACUAACGAAUGCCACACAGAGGCGAUAAUAUAAGCAACUUUUAAAGUGCCUUUACACAACUUCAA